CCCGGACCGGACCGGACCGGACCAUGGCGCGCGCCGCCGCCGCCUGGGCCGUGCUGGCCGUCGGGCUGCAGCUCUGGGCCGCGGCGCGCGGCGUGCCCGCCCAGGUGACUUCGACGUCCUACUCCCAGAGCUCUGGAAACAAGUGCCAGAAGGAAGAAUACUUUGAAAAUAAGGUCCAGAAGUGCUGCCGCAUGUGUCCCCCUGGCCAGCAUGUGGAACAUUCCUGCACGGAGACCACUGACACGGUGUGUGUGGACUGCGAAGACAGCACCUACACGAGGAUCUGGCACUGGGCCUCCACGUGCCUGAGCUGCAGGGCCCCCUGCGGCUCCGACCAGAUCGAAACUCAAGCUUGCACCCGGAAGCAGAACCGGGCCUGUAUCUGCAGGCCGGACUUGUAUUGCAUGCUGGGGAACCCUGACAACUGCAAGCUGUGCGUGCCACUGCGCAAGUGCGGCCCUGGCUUCGGCGUGGCCAGGAAAGGAACUGCGAGCAGAGACGUCCUAUGUACCGCUUGUACCUCUGGAACAUUCUCCAACACCACUUCAUCCACGGACACUUGCAGGCCCCACCGCGUCUGCGCUGUCCUGGCUGUCCCUGGCAAUGCAAGCAUGGAUGCCAUCUGCCUGUCCUCCACCCCGGGCGCAGUCCCAGAGGCGGACCACACAUCCCAGCCCCUGACCGUGGGACCCCAGCCUGUGGAGCCCAGGACAGGGCCCAGCCCAGCGGCGAGCACCUCCCUGCUCUUCCCCCAUGGCACCAAGCCCCCGGCUGAAUCAAGCAGGACCAGCAUCUCUCUUCCCAUUGGGCUGAUUGUGGGGGUGACAGCCCUGGGCCUGCUGCUGGUGGGAUUGGUGAAUUGCGUCAUCCUGACCCAGAAGAAAAAGAAGUUUUUCUGCCUACCGAGAGAAGCCAAGGUGCCUUACCUGCCUGCCGAGAAGGAGCAGCAGCACCUGCUGACCACGGCCCCCAGCUCUAGCAGCAGCUCCCUGGAGAGCUCGGCCAGCGUGUUGGACAAGAGGACACCCCCUAGGCACCAAGUGCAGGCACCAGCCACGGACAAGGCCACGGGGCCCGGGGAAGCCCGGGCCAGUGCCAGGUGCUCAGAGUCCCCCGGUGGCCACGGGACGCAUGUCAAAGUCACCUGCAUCGUGAAUGUCUGUGGCAGCUCGGAACAUGGCUCAAGUUGCUCUUCCCAGGCCAAUACCACGGUGGAGGACCCAGAUGCCAACCCGGUGGGCUGCCCAGUGGUGGCGGCGGCAGCGGCGGCAGAUGAGCAGGUCCCCUUCUCCAAGGAGGAGCGCCCCUUCCAUUCCCAUACGGAGACCCCAGAGACUCUGCAGAGCCCCGAAGAGAAGCCCUUGCCUCUCGGCGUGCCUGAUGCGGGCAUGCAGGCCCGUUAACCUGGCCGGUAUAGCGCGUUAACACAGAGCCGCUCACCUCCAGCAGGGCAACCCUGCCAAAGGGCCCCCAGGCCUAGGCCUCCCCUCCUCCCCUGGUGCUGGGGCUCUUUCUGGGUCCCUUCUGUGAGGACCCCUCCACUGGGCCUGUGAACUGGGGUGCUGGGGCUCUUGGUGGUUUUCUCUGGGGGUCUGAGAGGCUGGUUGGGGAGGAGGGCCUGUGUGUCACCCAGGAGGAAGGACCAUGCUUCCCCCCGAAUGCCGGGACUCCUGACUGGCCCCUCUGCGAGGCCCAGCAUCAUGGGGUACGUGGAAGGCACACCCCUGUAGGACCUGGGGGUCCCUCACGUUUGCUCAGGACUCCAAAUCUUCACUUCUUCUGUCUUGUCCUUUGGAACCUUGGUGGGAAAGAGGCCCAGAGGGCCCUGGCAGGCAACCCUUGCCCCGGGCUGCUGCUGCCCAGUGGGACUCCAGGCCCUGGGUUCCAGCCUCAGUACCACAGGGCAGGGAUGGGGAAGCCAACAGAACCCCCCCCCCCCACCAGCCCGUUGCUGCCUGCCUGGUUUGUAUUGACCUUCACUCUGGGGCACCCCGACUCCAGCCUUCACCGGGGCCACACCUCAUCCUGACAGGGAAUGGCCUCCACUGGAGAGGUCCCAGGCCCUGCUCCCAUCUCGCUCCACCUACCUCAGCCUGGAUCUUCCUCCUCUAGCGCUGCGUUGCUCCCUCCCGCGUUCCCGGUGUCUCUGGUCCUAGGGGGAGCUGCAGAGCCUUUCUGGUACUGAAUGAGAGAGCCAGUUUGUGUCUGUGUUGCAUGUUACGGGUCUGCCCAGCCCACGCUGUCCAGUUAAGUGGCCCACCCAGAAGAGGCUGCAGCCAGUGGUUUUUCCCAACAGAGUUGGACUUUUCCCUAUUAGCCCAUCUGGUUCCCCCAACCCAUGCCCUGAUCUGGAAAGAAGGGGUUGGGGGCCCUAUUCAGUCUCAGGUACUUGGGUUGAUCCCUUGUUUGUGGAACUUGGCUGCAGAAACACGGCCGUAACCAUGGAGACAAAAAGGCCUUCCACUUAGAGAAUCAGGGUCUCAGACUUGCCCACCAUUGGGUCCUGUGUGGCGGUCGGGAGUGUGCCCCCUGGUGGCCAGUUCUGGAAGUACCUUGGGUCUCUGGGAUUGCUGAACAGAGCAAGGGAACCAUACAUUGGAAAGACUUUCUGAGUGUGGCCUCCAUUUCCCCUGCUUGUGUUGAUCCAAGACGAUGAGAGUUUGCACUGGAUGCUGGACAGCGUUUGUUCUUAUAAAUAAAUGUUGUUGUACACGUUG